AAAAGGGUUAGAGAUCAUGAAGGUCAGUACAACCAGGUAGUUCUUGUAUAAUUAUUUUCAUAUCCUGUCACCGAGAUCUUAUGCAUAUAGAGUAUAAUAUCUUAAGCCUGUGUUCUGUCUCUCUCAUGAUACUGUUGUGUUUUAAAAGUUGAACUAAAAUGAAUUCGGACAGAUAUUUAGGAAUUGAUUAGUUACGUAGAUAUAACGUGAGUCUCAGUAUCACAUCACGUUAGGUAUCAAUGAUGGUAUCAAUUAAGAUCGAUUUAAUACGAUUUUGCAUUCCUACUUUAUGAUAACACCAAUCUAUCAUCAGUGAUCGUUGAAAUCAGACUUGAAACUCACGGCAUAGUUUUUGGGCUCUGAUCAGAUUUUGUGUACCGGAAUCUUCUUUGUGCUGCAUGUUAAGCACUUGAUUAGUCAUUGGGUGCCAACAGACGUUUGGGAUGGUGCAGCACAGACCAUUUUAAUCCUACACUUAUUUAUUUGAACGCAAACCUUGGUACAAAAGGGCACCAACAUUUAUAUGCGCCACACAAAAUUUCUGUAAGAGGUGGGAUACUUCCCGGUUGUUCAAACCGAAGUAAGUGGUUUUCUUAGGGGGCCACUCCCCAGGCCUUGGACUUGGAGACUGGUCCGCAAGUCAUUGAGACAACGUUAGAAUAUGUAGUUCCAUGGUAGUCAGUGGCCACGAAUAGACUCGCACGCCAUUUGUUCCCUCAUUAACCUGAGGUCUAUGUGGACCGUUGGUUGGGAAUCAGGGUUUUCCAAUUCUUCUAUAUGGAUUCUUCGUACCCAUCAAGCUGGUUUAAGACUUGGACAUCCGCUUUUUGUACUUUCAAUUUCGUAGACAACACCCCCGCUCUGAGAAAUAAGUGAGUAGGAAUUUCUUGCUAGUUGAUGUGUACAGAUUACCGUAUGGGAGCAACUGGAGAGUAAGUGGACUCUCCCUUCCAUCCAAAAGGAGGCUUUAAUCCUUAGGGCUUACUCAUAGUUAAUUAUGCGGUUUUAUGUAUAUGAUUACUUAUUUCAUUAACAUUGUCCGUGAGAAAAAAAUUUAGUUUAUUAUGAAACGAGUCAGUAUUUCAAAGACAUUGUGCGGUCUUUUGAAAUAAUCUAAAUUAAAUCCAUGUAGCCGCCUGUUCAUUGGAAUUUGCGAAAUUUCACAAUGAAAUACUAAACUUAUAAACACCGACUUCUCUGCAAUUCAAAUUUCCACAAAGUAAUGAUCAGCCUUGGGGACGACAAUUGUGUGCACUAACAUGAAUUUGCUCAGCUUCCUAUGUAUGUUUACUGUACAGCUUUACUAACCAUUGACUUACCUCUUUAGCAGACUCUUGGACUUUUUGUGGAGUCGGUUCCCACUAUUAUUGGUUAGUGAGCAGCAUCUGUUAACACACAGACCUUCGAUACCUGUGGGAAAAGACAUGCAGUGCGAUGAGUGCAGAGGAUCUUACCACGAAAUUUUCGAUAAUCUACCGCCUGUGGCUUUCAAAAGGUUUUGCAAAAGUAGUUGCGCGUGGUUGUUUCAGCAGUGCUGCUCGGACGCAAACAGCUUUCUAUCCGAAGCCACUGCAAUGGUAAACGCUUCUAAAUGAAGUAUUAGCAAGCAUAACCGAGACAUGUUAAAUAGUAUUUUCUAGGUUGAUACACAAAUACGCUCAGAGUCGACUGAUAUACAUGGGUCAACGGAGAUAGUACAGUCUAUAAAAAGAUCUAUUGGGAAAAGAUGCUCAAGAAAAUAAGUUUUUUCUUCUCACCGUUCUCCGAAUGGCAACGAGCAGGAAAAUCUCUCAAAAUCUAAUCGCAAGUCUAGGUCUGCUUCCAGAAGAUAUAACGACAACCUGAACACCUGAGUUAUAGAUAAUCAUCCAGGAUCCCACAAUGUGUGUAACGCGAUUUUAACAGCUACUCCAACUCACGCUGAAGAAUAGGUACAGAUCAGGAAUAACAAACGACCUGAUGUUGCUAAAGGGAAACCAAUCCCCAAACAGUGGUUGAGAAAUUGGGGACUGAUCAUAGUUACAGGUCAGUUGUCUUCCAUAGAGUCAAAGAGAGUGGAAGCUCAGAGCCGAGAACUCGAUUUGAAAAUGACAUUGAGUCCAUAAAUGGGCCACUCAACAGUCUGAUUCCUCGAUAUAUCUCUUAAGUCACCUUGCUAAAGGUUUAUCGAGUAGGUAGUUAAACGGACUUGAAAAAAAUCAAACCAGGCUGCUAAAAACAGUAUUUAAAUUUCCCAGUGAAAGAGAUGUAGAUUAUCAAUAUAUCGAGAAGUGACUGAUCUAAACUGGCUAGUGAUCGCAGAAGUUGAGCACGGCGUUCCCAAUCGUGAUCUCGUGCAGAUACAUGACCGAGCACCUUCAGCUGGGUGUGCCCAAUGAAACUAAUGUGGUCAGCAUCCAGGGUCGAACACUUACAGUGCUAUUGAUUUUGUGGAUUUAUUUACCGCUAACGUGGGAUAUCUCUAAUAUCCUAUGGUAUCAAUGUAAGUUCGAUUAUAAAUAAUGGUUGACUUGUACCAGUGUUUUACAUGACAUGGUUACCGGUUUUUUAGCGAAGGGCAGUUAACGGACGUCUGUGUUUAUGUUGUUUGUACGGUUUCUUCGAUUGACGCAGAUUGCUUCUCGAUAAUGUAAGCUUCGUUAUUUCUAGCACUUAUCUGACAAAAGUGAUUUCUAAAUGGGAUCAACUAACAGCACAACAUCAUUAGAAAUAUAGUACAGAUGUUUUUGGCGAAACGUUUGAGGAUACCACGGACACUCUAGUUUUACAACUAGCAACCAGUAGUAUCUUCUAUAAUCGUUCGUUCCCAGUCGAAUAGAAACCAGAAGUCAGACGAGGAGAGGUAGGAAAGAUAUAUUUGAUACGUUACCAAUAUAUCGAGGAACCUUUACUAUAAGCUGGCUAAUGAACGUAGGAGCUGUGUCCCACGCCGUGUUGCAACGUGAUCUGGUACGGAUGCAUGACCGAAAGCCUUCAGUUAAACAAGUCCACUUAAACAACGUGGUCAGCAUCCAAUGUCGAACACUUGAUGAGCUAUUGAUUUUGGGGAAUUAUUUACAGCUACACGUUGCUCCGUUGACCUUGAAAUGGAUAAGAAAACAGGCUAACAAAUUAUAUCGGUAAAUCUACUCAUUGGUUGUUGGUUUGGGUCGUGGCCUAAAGCAUGUCAUAGAGCGUGGCAUAUACAAUUCGUGGUAUUAUUAUCUGGGAACGCUAAGCAUUAUUGCGUCAAGUCAGUACCAGUGACUUACUCUUUCCAAUACUUGUGUCGCUCUAGAUAAUGGACAUGCCUCGGAUAGACCAUAAUUUAUAGACGACCUUUGAACGAAUCUUCAGUGACCUUGAGCAAUGUCAGCCAAUCAGUAAACAGUCAGUAUAAAAACAUGUUAUACAAAACCAAAUAAUUAAAGUGGAUACACUUCUUUUAUAUGGUCUAAGACUUAUCAAGGUUAGGAAAAGGUUCAAAGGUUCCAAAGUUGUAAUGCAUAAGGUAGAGAAACUCAUCCAUAUGGCUCUAUAAUAGUUGGUCUCUGGAGCUAUGAUGAGGUCACAAAAGCCCUUUCAGCCUCGACCACAUAGCUUCAUUAUUGUUUGUGUACUCCAGUUGUGAUCCGAGAAACGUGAUAGUAGACGUCCUCUAACUGUUCGAGAUGUGAGUUUGAUUCGUUUAGCAAAGAAUGGGGAUUUGGAUUCAAUCAAACAAAUGAUAAAGGAAGGAGUAAACAUAAACGAGCAAGAUGAAACAGGUUGGACUGUAUUGCACGAAGCAUGUGUGCGGAACCUUCCACGUAUGGUUGAUUAUUUGCUGCGACAUGGAGCUGAUCCCAGUAUCUCAAACAUAAACGGUGACGUAGCACUUCAUUGUGCUGCGCGAGUAGGAUGUCUGCGUAUUGUUCGAGCACUCUUAUACUACAACGCCGACCCUCUGUUAUCGAACCAUAGGGGUGAGAAACCUUUGGACUUGUGUCAUGACCCUGAAGUAUCCAGUUUUCUCAAACAACAUACUGAAACUAACCAAUCACACAUGUUAGCAUCGUCUGGUUCUGGGAAAUCAUCACAUUUGAAAGUCCGCCAACAUACACACGGUACAAAACAUCUGAUGUCCUCUUUUUCUGGUACGACAGUAUCCAGCUCCACUGAACAUCACGGUGGUGGGGGUAAAGAUAACAGUAGUAUAGCAAGUCCAUCGAAUAUUUAUUCAGACUCAGAGGAUGAUGGUCAUUCACUUUCAGGUUUGAAUAUAACUACCAAUAUAUCUCAUCAUAAUAUUAGUCCUAAUAAUACUAACCAGCAGUUAGAUUUGAAUUGCUUAUCAUCUACCGGUCAUUAUAACCAUCCAACAUCUAGUCCAUCAUUGCCGUCUGUACCCAAAUCCGUAACUGAUAUGCACAUCUCUUCAUCAAAGUCAUUGAAGAAAGAUCCCUAUGCGUUUGAAGAUGAUGAGAAUGAUGAGACGGUGAACAAUUCUGGGAACUCACUACUUCAUCCUGCAUCUGGUGUUAAUAAUAGUAAUAAUACCAAUACACAGGCAACAGGCCAUAUUGGAGUUCAUUCUAGUUGCGGUGUUAGUGUUGGUACUCCAGUCAAUUUCAAUAAGUCAACUUCUUCCAAUUCUACCAUUUCUACUACUACUAUCACCACAAUCACUACUACUACUACUACUACUACUAUCGUCAAUACAAAUACGAAUACUAGUCCAAAUAGUAAUACCAGUAUUGGUAGUAUUGAUUCACUAUCAAAGCACACACGUCAACUGUCUUCUUCCAAUUUGUCAACUACUGUGGAGUGUGGAAAUAUAAUUUUGGAUAGUAGCAACGAUAAUACAUUGACAGGUACAAUCAAUAGUGCAUUUACUACAACUAUUGCUCCCAAUAAUAGUAGCAAUUACACAACUAGUAACAAUAACUGUGGUAGUGUUGGUGGACCUCCGCUUCGGCUUCGUUUUGCGAAAGAAGCCGGUCAAUAUACUUUGAUGGAACAUCAACAACAACAGAUUGAUUUAUCCCUUUCGAAUUGUGAGACAAAUCUUGUUCCUUCAUCAAGUGGAAUUAUUUGUACAACAACUGAAACGUCUCAUGUCGCUGUCGUUAGUGAUAGCGACAACGAUCACAACAACAUGAAUUUUCAAAUGAAUAUUAAUAAUAAUAAUGGUAGCGACAAUGUUAGUAAUGAGCAUAACUCCAAUAUGGGUACAUCGAUGACGAUAAAAAGUGAGUCAGUCACCGUAUCAGGUGAUGAAGAAUUGAAUCAUGUGUCUACAUCAUGCCAUUCAGAGUCAUCAGGAGGCGAAGAAAUCUCGGCACAGAAGGUUCCUCCUUUACGUAUUAAAUUUGCUUCGGGUACUUCUGGAGAUGAGUCGUCAUCAAUGACUUCAUCGUGCAUGUCAGUUGGAGCAACUUGUGGUGGAUUGACAACUCAUCCUAUUAAUAAUGUGGAGAAUAAUUCGAGUAAUGAGUCGAAUAUGAAUGAUAAAUGCGACGUGAAACCUCGUGUGUCUGAUGACGGUUUGAUGACUGUGAAUAACAAAAGUGAUGGUAAGGAGGCUGGAGUCACUGUCACUUCUAUCGUUUCGACGAGUGUCGUUUCAGUUCCUGAAAAAGUUUCAUGUUCAAGCGUGGAGAAUAUCGGCGACGGUAAUAGCGGCAGUGGUGCUACCACCGUUACUGCUACUGGCACUACCGAGACUGUCCACGAUCAAUAUUCUAGCCACCAUGAGAAGUUAUCUAAGUCUUAUGAUCAUGUUGUUGCAACGAAUGUACACCAUAACGAAUCGAGUACAGAGUUGUCCAUAUCCUGUACUCCCCCAUCGACAUGUACCACAAGUACUGGGAUGAACACUAGUGUGAAUAUUACAAGUGGUGUUAACACUGUUGAGAUGAGUAGCAAUCGUAGUAAUGCAAGUAAUGCUAAUCGGGUGAAAGUGGAUAAUACUCUGGAGACGAGUGAGUGUCAUGGAAAGAGUGGCAAUAAUAAUAGUAAUCAUAACAACCACACUCACAAUCGAAAUAGUAAUAAUAAUAAUACGAAUAAUGGUAAUCGAGAAGUGUCGAAAGAUACUCACCGGCAUCGUAGUGGGCGUACAUUACGUUCACAUACAGCUGCUCAACGUGAAAAAGAAGAGAAGGAACGUCACACGGAUGAUGCUACUCCGAUUAAGAAGCGUAAACUUCGUUCUCGUUCGGAUACUGUGACAAAUCAUGAGAAUAUCAGUCAACAGAGUCGUAGUGGUAGUGGAAUUGGGACAGUAAAUGCAAAUAAUUCACCUAUAACAACUGUUCAUGCUGGUUCGUCAACUGAAUCUUCUAAUGUGUCGUCUUCAAAUGCUGUUGCAAACAUGGAUGUGAUUGAAGAUACACAUGGUUGUUUAACUGUUACUGUUUCUUCUCAAAGUGACAGUCACAUGGGUAGUGAAGAGAAGAAGGUGUCUGUGGGAAGUUCUCAGUGUACAGUGCUGACUGAUAAAGAUACUACUGAUGUGCAUAUGACUUGUGUUUCUGAAAUUGAAGGAGGACAUUCUGUUUCAUUGUCUACCACUGCUACUACUACUACUACUACUACUACUACUGACAAUGAUAACAGCAAGAAGAUGGAAGUGGAUGAAAAACCAGAGAUGUGUGGAACUGCUGUGUCAGUUGCGAAAUUGAAUAUGGAUGGAUCGAAUGAUGUGGAUGUUGUAUCAUCAGUCUCAGAAGUAGGAGCAACGACGGUGGUAACAACAACAGUAGAUAUAGCAGGAAUAGCAACAUCGACUCCAUCAUCAUCGUCAUUGGGGGAACAGACAGGUGGACGUUCUAGUGAAGCAGAUUGUGACAUGAGUUAUUUAUUUUGUCCCUCUGCUCCUGGAGAUGAAGAUCGUAAAGAUAUUGAGUUGUUGAAAUUUCAAAAUCCAUAUGGCAAAGCUGCUGAAUUGAACAAGAAUUUACGUGAACUUGUCAAUAAUCUGGUGAAGGUCCAUCCGAAAGCACCUUGUGGUUAUCAAGAUUACCUGUUGGUUACUCGUAAUUACCUAUUGGCUAAUCAACUGUCAUUUGCUACAUAUGUGAAACGUUCACCACCGAGUCAUUUGGAAGCGACAUUUGUGGAAUUAUUCAAUGAACAAGAAGAAGAACGCUAUGCUCAGGCAUUGAAACAUCAAUCAGAACGAGAACAUUUACAACUGGGUGCAGAACAAGCUGUUUUACGUGCUCAAACACGUGGUGCAUUAGCAGUGGCCAAUCAAUCGAAACCAUAUUCGUUUUGUUCAAUAUUAUCUUAUAAUGAUUUGACGUAUAUUCCACCGGUUGGGAAAUUAGAGAAUCGAGAAGAAGAGAAUAUACGUGAUCGUUUUACCCCUCGUACAUUUAUCGGUUGGCUUCAAGACAUUAUCGAUACAUUUCAAAAUGAAAAGAAGAAAUUACUCUGUCGACAACUUCAUGAAGCUGAAUCAUUGAUGAUGGUACAGAAACUUGAUUGGGAGAUGAAAACCCGCGAAACAUUGGCAUCGAACAUCGAUUGUAUUGGUGUUGUGGAUGUAUUCAAAGACAUUCCAGCUAAUUAUGUUCCACUGAUCCCAGUGCCUAAUGACUUUCCACUAUUCGCUCAUGAUCCGGUACAUCGAACGACGACGACGACGACCAUAACGACAGCUGGGCAGACGGCGGCAACAGCAACGACAAUGUCAACCACACCGAGUACUCCGAUCCCCAUCACUCAUACUACCAACACCACCACACACACGGCUGUGAGUAAUAGCCCAACAGUAUCAGCAACGACAACUACGCCGACUAACAACUCAUGAUCGACAUGAAGAAGGAGAUUUGUUUUGAUUUUCUGAGUAAUGAAAUCUAUGUGUUAUGUCAUACUUCUCAUUUCCUAGCUUCGAUCUGAUUUUGCCUUCUCAUCUCAACAGAAACGACAGAUAAACUGACUUUCUCUCCUUCUUCCUCUGCAUCGUCAUAUUGAUUUUGUGUUUUUUUGUGUGUGCAUGUGUCUGUUUGUUUGUGUACAUAUUUUGUAUGUUGAUGGAUUGACUGAUUUUCUAUGAUUUCCUGUUGUUAUCAUCUUUGUGGUCGUCAGUAUUUAUGGGAUAAUAAUGUGGUUACUGAAUGUGUAUCUGGUGGGAUUGAUGAUGAUGAACAGUUUGUGUGUGUGUGUGUGUGUUGGAGUUUUAUUUAUGUGUUGUGGUGAAACUGUUUUUAUGAUGUAAUUUGCCAAUGUCAAUAUGAUUGGUUAUAAUAAUUACUAAUUUUACAAUGAUUUAUAUAGUUUACUUUUUUAUGUAUUCAUCCACUUAUGUGUGUAAUUAAUGAAAUGCCUGUUUAUGUACCUGAAUUAUGUAACUAAAUAUAUUUAUUUUAUCCUUGGAAUACCGUGGUUUUCCCUAUUUUGAAGACAUCCUGUUCAAUAGUAUGGUACCUAAGUUUGGAAAUAUCCCCAAGUGCACUGGUAUGAUGGAGUGUGAGGAAAGUCCACCCACCUUCUCUAAAUGUUCACUUGGCCACGUGUAUAUAGCCAUUGCGAGGGAAGUCGUACUCACUGCCUUCCCGUGGCACUGCUGUUGUUUACAAAAUUGAGGGGAC